AUGACAAGCGUAACUGCAAUUCCACAAGUCGUUCUUGAGGGAAACAUCCAUAAAGUAAUUCCACAAUCUACCUAUGAGUCGCAAAUUUCUCCUUCCCGCUCAAAGCUUGCAACUGCCUCUACCAUAAAGUUUGAGCCAUUUGUUCAUUUGCAAUAUUAUGCAUCGCAACAAGGUAAAGACAACUACGAUGCCACAAGAAGACUAACAUUAUCGCAAUUGGGUAUUUCUCAAGAGACCGCUACUAAGCGUGGAGCAAUCUCAAAUAUUGGUGUGAGCGAUCCAUUCCCACUCUUCACGCAAGAGGCAAUUGACAUAAUGCGUAAUGAAGUUUUACAAAGGGAAACUUUUUUGAAGUAUGCAAGAUACAGUUUCAACUCGACUUCUGGAAUGGAUUGCUGUAUUCGUGGAUACGUAAAAACCACAAACAACGAUGGGGCAAAUUCAGGUACAACUACAGAUGCAAAUGUAGAAUUGGAUAUGAUUAAUUGUCCUUUUAUUUAUGAGGCGUGGAAUCACCCAGAGACAAUGAGGUUAAUAUCACAAAUGGCAGGUGUCGAGUUAGAAGUUGUAAUGGAUUACGAAAUUGCCCAUGUUAAUGUGUCGUUAAAAUCAGAAGCCGAGGCUGAAGAAGAGAGGAUGGCUCAUUCCUUAUCCAAAAAGUGUGAGCAAGAAGAAGAAAAAGAAGAAGAAGAAGAUGUGGCCAAUCCAGUUGAUAUUCACAGAAAACAAACAGGUGCUAGAUCAAUGUCCGAAACAAAUGGUGAUGACAUUAAAGCCGUUGUCGGCUGGCAUUACGAUUCCUAUCCUUUUGUAUGUGUUCUCAUGUUGAGUGAUACUACAGACAUGAUCGGUGGUGAGACGUGUUUACGCAUGGGUCACGAAAACACCUCCACUUCACCUCUUUCUUCUGAUGCUGAAAAUUCCUCUUUUGGUAAAGUUGCAAUCAUACCCGGCCCAAAGCUAGGAUCCGCAUCUGUACUCCAGGGUCGCUUGAUCCAACAUAUUGCACCACAGCCUCGUGGCUUAAGUGAGCGUAUCACCAUGGUGACAUCGUACCGUGCCAGAAACCCAGAAUUACAAGAUACAUCAAUCUUGUCUACAGUGAAACCGGAAGUUAAUUUUGGUUCAAGAUACAAUGAUUUCUACCCGGAAUGGGUUCGGUACAGAUGUGACUUAAUGUGUGAAAAGUUAAACCUUGCCAAGGAAAAAUGUGUCACUAAAGAUGGGAAAUUUGACAAAGCAGAAGCUAAAAAGAGGUUACAAGAGGUGGAAAUGUAUUUACGCAAGACAUACGAGGAAAUGGAAGUCACUGAUGUAGAAGCUAAUAAGAUGAUGAGAAAAGCUUCUGUUUUCUAA